AUGUCGAACAAUGAUCAUCAAACGACAACGUUUCGUGUAGACUCAAUCACAUUGCCUCAUAAGCCUUCUCAUCACUCUCCUCAAUCCUCUCCAGGCUCAUCUUCUUCCCCAUCACCGAGACCCACUCUCGCCGCCGGUGGAUCUCCGGCGAGAAAAACGCAGACUGGACUAUCCGGCCGGCACUCCUUUUUCAGGGGGAUUCGACUGCGGAACGGAAAAUGGGUAUCGGAGAUUCGAGAGCCGCGUAAAACGACGAGAAUCUGGCUCGGGACUUAUCCGGUGCCGGAGAUGGCCGCCGCAGCUUACGACGUAGCGGCGCUAGCCUUAAAAGGCUCCGACGCCGUUUUGAAUUUUCCCGGUUUGGCUUUGACUUACGUUACUCCGGCUUCGAACUCUGCCAAGGAUAUAAGAGCUGCCGCCGCGAGAGCCGCAGAGAUGAAGCAGCCGGAUCCGGGUGGAGCUAAGAGAGUAUCGGAUCCGGGUCAACCCGGAAAGGAGGAGGAAGAAGCAUUGUCUUGUUCGUUGGAGUUUAUGGAUGAGGAAGAGAUGCUUAAUAUGCCGAGUUUGUUGACGGAGAUGGCGGAGGGGAUGCUGAUGAGUCCACCGAGAAUGAUAAAUCCGACGCAGGAGGAUGAUUCGCCGGAGAAUCACGAAGGAGAUAGUCUUUGGAGUUACAAAUGA